AACGAUAGCGUUAUCAAAAUAAACCGGCUUGGGUCAAAAUCAAUGCAGUAGAAGCUUAGCUGUGUCAACAUUCAACAUUAUCUUUAUCUACUACUUGUUCUUCAACAUACAAAUACACUUACACGAUACUACAAAAAAACAUGCUCGUCUCUACUCCCGAUCUGUUUUCCGCCUCCGGAGCGGUCAUCCUGCUCUUGACUUCACUGGUGAUCCCGCUUUUUUGGCUUUUGGGUAGAACGAUUCCGUUCCUCCUGCGGCGGCUGUUCAAAGUUGGCAAGCGAAAGGCACGAGCAGAUGACGUUUUAGAGGGUUGUAAACAGCGGCUCCCCCAACAGAAGAAGAGAUGCGUGGCUGUCCUUGGAAGUGGAGGGCAUUCAUCUGAACUUCUGCAACUGAUCGAGGGCUGGGAUAUGUACGACUUCGUCUUCAUAGCCGCAGACUCGGAUCCCUACUGUCACAAAAUACUCGAACGGAAUGGAUUCAAGAUAGACGAGCGCACAGGCUCGCGCUCGGCGGCACCGGCACACCAUGUUGAGAAUCAAAAAGGCUCAAGAACAAGAGAGUCUGGGUCUACAGGGAGUGCAACUGGAGCAAGGAAGUGUUCUCUAUUUUUGAUUCAGCGUAGUCGGCACGUUGGUGAGGGAUGGGUCAGUAGCCUUGUUCAUACCUUACAGGCCUGUGCACAAUGUGUGAACUUGGUAAGGCGAGAACGCCUGAUACGCGACGCGGAUUUGUUGCUGGUAAACGGUCCUGGAGUUUGUGUUCCCGUUGUGUUUGGGAUGUUGUUAUCCGAACUUUUAGGCUGGCGAGGGACAACAUUCGCAUCUCACGCGCGUCUAGUGUUUGUGGAGUCGUUUGCGCGCGUCAGAAGUAUUAGCAUGACUGGCAGAAUAUUGCAGCCCUGGGUAGACCGUUUCGUGGUACAGUGGCGAGCAACCGAAUCGCCCACCAAAGGCAAACACAACUUUUGUCUAUGGAACAAGAGUCGCUGGUUGAGAAGGUCUAUAGACGGGAAGAAUGUCGUCCCAUCUUCAUCAUGAUUCAUACUUAUUUAACUUUAAAAGCGGUCUUGUAGCGCUCUUACGGAGUUACUACAUUACUGGUUGGCCUCGUAAGUAGACGCUAAUAGCUACACAAGAGGCACCAUGACAUGACAUGACAUAGCUCGUCAGGAAGUUAGACUUGGACUUGGAUUUGAAUUAUAUCGAAGUUCGACAUUCGUUCCCCCAUAAUUCCGACGAUCUCAACCAGUGGCGGGAUUCAUAUUGGGCAAAGUUUGGCCUAACUCAAAGAGAAUAUGCUGGAACGCUCCUCUAGUCAAGGUUUCUGCCGGUACGCCAUGGGCAGGCUCCAAUCCAACACAAUACUUUUUGUCCGAUGAACGCGACUGAUCUCACAUAAGAACGUGAAGAAGACAACUCCGUCGCGGCCCCACAUCGAGAAGAUGGCCUUCUCAUCUAUCUUGCCCGUCGAUUUUCUGGGACUAUCUGAAAUCCAAAAGAUCCUCGUCGGUGGAACCUGUUGUGAAGAGGUCGUCGGACGGUUGCGGAUGUGCACAAGAGCAUUUACAAGAAGAAGUAAAGAGGAUGAAAAUGACAGUUGAAAGAAAGUCAGGUGUCCUGAAGGUGACGACCAUGAGGAUGAUCAACACAAGUAAGUGUGACUGCCGCAAACACUGUAGUAGCCGUAAGAGAUAAUCGCGCUCGCGUCUUGCGUUGGAUCGGUG